AUGAGUUCCUGCAAUUGCAUUGAAAAAUCCUCUGUGCUAAAUCUCAGAAAUAGAAGAGCAUUCAAAGCCUCUCGGCAUGGUGAUUGCCUUCAGUCCAGCCAAGAUGCAAACAGCAGGAGCUUUGAGCAUGGCACCUACCAGGUAUCUGGGAGCCAGAGAGGACUAAUUGAGCCCAAAAAACUGCCAAACCCAGUAAAGGAGUCCAAGCACCAUCGGGAGAUGCACCGCGAGUUACUUUUCACUCAUAGGAAGGGUCUGUUUCCAGAACACAAGCCUGAGCUUCAGAGGGUACUAGAAACCAGGAGACUCAAGCAGCUGAAGCAACAGGACGAAUCACACACACCCUUAAGAGACCUGGAAGAAGAGCUGAGAAAAAGACAGCAGAAAGUUGACCAGUAUGAGCGAGAGCUGGUCCUGAACGGGGAACAAGAUGGCAGGCCCGAAUUCAUCCUUGUCAAAGAAAGCCUCAAAAAGAUUAAGCUGUCUCCAGAAACAGGCAUAAGGUAGAUGUGAGAGCUGAAUUUCAAUUGCAGCUUCUCUCAGG